AUGUCACUCGCAGCAACAACAGCGAUGACGAUGAUGACAUGUCGUUUCGUUAAGUUCAAAAUUCAAUGCUCUGAUUCGAAGCCCAGAACUGGUUUCGGAACCAAAACCAACAAUAAGAACAAAAACCGGAACAAGAACAACCUCAAUCAGGAAUCAACCACUAAACGGUCGGGUGCUGUUCCUACCCAGGCACCUGGAUUGAAUUCUAGAUUUGAUGGAAAGGUUAAGAGAAACCCUGCUGACCUUGAGUUUGAGGAACGUCUGCAAGCAGUCAGAAGUUCAGCACUUGAGCAGAAAAAAGUGGUGGAAAAAAAGGAAUUUGGGGCAAUUGACUAUGAUGCACCUGUUGAGUUGGAGAAGGAGGAGAAGAAAUCAAUUGGACUUGGUACACAGAUUGGGGUAGGUGUAGCUGUAGUGGUCUUUGGUUUGGUUUUUGCUCUUGGAGAUUUUCUUCCUUCCGGAAGUUUAAGUCCUACUGAGGAUGCUGCAGUAACCAGUAACAAACUGUCAGAAGAAGAGAAAGUGUCACUUCAGACUCGGCUGAAAGAAUAUGAAGCAAUGCUUAGUAACUCCCCGAAGGAUCCAACUGCUCUUGAGGGAGCUGCAGUAACCUUGGCAGAAUUAGGAGAAUAUACUCGGGCUUCCACUCUGCUUCAGGACUUGGCUAAGGAGAAACCAAGUGAUCCCGAAGUUUUUCGUUUGCUUGGAGAAGUUAAAUAUGAACUCAAGGAUUAUGAAGGGAGUGCUGCUGCAUAUAAGGUUUCUUCAAUGGUGUCUAAAGAUCUCAAAUUUGAAGUUCUGCGUGGCCUUACGAAUUCAUUACUUGCUGCUAAAAAACCAGAUGAGGCUGUUCAGUUUCUUCUUGCCUCUCGUGAACGUAUGAAUGCUGGCAAUCCAGAUGCAAAGGCUGGAAGCACUACAACUGAAGCAAAUUUGCAGGUGGACCCUAUUCAAGUUGAAUUACUUCUUGGAAAAGCAUAUUCAGAUUGGGGUCAUGUAAGUGAUGCUGUAUCUGUCUAUGAUCGGCUCAUCUCUAGUCAUCCAAAUGACUUCCGUGGUUACUUGGCUAAGGGAAUUAUUUUGAGAGAAAAUGGUAAAGUUGGAGAAGCGGAGAGGAUGUUUAUACAGGCAUUAUCCUACUUGAAGGCCUUUAACAGUACUGGAGUAGAAAGCCCUGUGCUGUUCCACAUUGUUGAGUCCCAUGGCCUAUAA